GAUCACGAAAAUGCUGUUGAGCCGGAAGAAUUUGAAAGUAUAGUUUAUAAAAAACUCAUGGAAGUUGAAGAUGAAAAUAAUGGACAAAUGAACUUAGAAAUAUUAAUUACUAUUUCUAGCUUGAUCAACAAAUUAAAUGAAACUAGUAAGGAUAAAAUUGAUCCAUGUUUAUUAGCAGUCGAAGUAGUAAAACUUUGUAAAAAAAAUGAUGGAUAUUCUUAUAACUAUUAUAAAAAAUAUUUCAAUCAACGAACAAAGAUUAGCUCAUAUACUUACUGGU